AUGGCCUUGUCGCCGCUCCUGUCGCUCCUACCGCUGCUGCUGCUGCUGCUGCUGGAAGUCCCCGGGGCGGCGCGGGCGUCCCCGCGGGAAGCGCUCCCCGAGGGGGCGGCCGCCUGCAAGGCUGGUGGCCUGUGCUUGCAGACGCCCCUCAGGAGGGCCGCCGCGCCGCCUGUCAACGUGAGUCUCUACUACGAGGCGCUGUGCCCCGGCUGCCGGGCCUUCCUGAUCCGAGAGCUCUUCCCGACGUGGCUGAUGGUCCUGGAGAUCCUCAACGUCACGCUGGUGCCAUAUGGAAACGCCCAGGAACGAAACGUCAGCGGCAAGUGGGAGUUCACGUGCCAGCAUGGCCUGGAGGAGUGCAAGCUGAACAAGGUGGAGGCCUGCUUGUGGGACCAGCUGGAGAGGGAUGCGGCUUUCCUGACCAUUGUCUGCAUCGAGGAAAUGGAUGACAUGCAGGCAAAUCUGAAGCCGUGCCUGCAGAUCUAUGCCCCGAAGGUGUCCCCAGACGCCAUCAUGGAGUGCGCGAUGGGGGACCGCGGCUCGCAGCUCCUGCACAUCAACGCGCAGCUCACAGACGCCCUGCAGCCGCCCCACGAGUACGUGCCCUGGGUCGUCGUCAACGGGAAACCCAUGAAAGAUGAGAGCCAGCUCCUGUACCUCGUCUGCCAGUUGUACCAGGGCGAGAAGCCAGCCGUCUGCCGGCUCACGGCCAGCUCCCACAGGGAGGUCUGCUUCAAGUGACGCCUCACCGGGGGAGCCGAGGGAGGGGGAGCUCGAUCCCGCCUCCCCUCGCCUCUCUGGUACUCGACUCUCACCAGCCACUGCUCAGCAUCCAGCUGACACCUACACAUUCCGUGAAGCCCAGAGUCAAGUUCCACCCCAAGAGCAAGAAUCUUGCCCCGCUGGGAAUGGUGCUACAUUGAAACUAGCUUAAUAAACACUUCUGGAUGUUGUGAUUCAUUUGAUAA